GGGGGGAGAGGGGGAGAGAGAGAGAGAGAGAGAAAGAGAGAGGUUUUUAAAUUCUCCAUGAAGUGUACUAUGUUCCAUCAUUCCUUCCCAAAGCCACCGGAAGCAUUCCUUCUAGGAAAGGUGGAGUCGGUAGUGAGAAGCCGGAGGUGAGAAGACCCCUGAGCGGAUGGAUUCAUUCAUUUUCUGAAUUUCCUAUGUGAGGACAGUAUUAGAGCCCAGUGAGGCUUUGAGAGGCCCCAAAGAUGAGCGCCAACAGCAGCAGAGUGGGCCAGCUUCUCUUGCAGGGUUCAGCGUGCAUUAGCUGGAAGCAGGAUGUGGAAGGGGCUGUCUACCACCUAGCCAACUGCCUCUUACUCCUGGGCUUCAUGGGGGGCAGUGGGGUGUAUGGAUGCUUCUAUCUUUUUGGCUUCCUGAGUGCAGGUUACCUGUGCUGCGUGCUGUGGGGCUGGUUCAGUGCCUGUGGCCUGGACAUUGUUCUUUGGAGCUUCCUGCUGGCUGUGGUCUGCCUGCUCCAGCUGGCACACCUGGUAUACCGCCUGCGUGAGGACACCCUCCCUGAGGAGUUUGGCCUCCUCUACAAGACGCUGUGCCUGCCCUUGCAGGUGCCCCUACAGACAUACAAGGAGAUUGUUCACUGCUGCGAGGAGCAGGUCUUAACUCUGGCCACUGAACAGACCUAUGCUGUGGAGGGUGAGACACCCAUCAACCGCCUGUCCCUGCUGCUCUCUGGCCGGGUUCGUGUGAGCCAGGAUGGGCAGUUUCUGCACUACAUCUUUCCAUACCAGUUCAUGGACUCUCCUGAGUGGGAAUCACUACAGCCUUCUGAGGAGGGGGUGUUCCAGGUCACUCUGACUGCUGAGACCUCAUGUAGCUACAUUUCCUGGCCCCGGAAAAGUCUCCAUCUUCUUCUGACCAAAGAGCGAUACAUCUCCUGCCUCUUCUCGGCUCUGCUGGGAUAUGACAUCUCGGAGAAGCUCUACACUCUCAAUGACAAGCUCUUUGCUAAGUUUGGGCUGCGCUUUGACAUCCGCCUUCCCAGCCUCUACCAUGUCCUGGGUCCCACUGCUGCAGAUGCUGGACCAGAGUCCGAGAAGGGUGAUGAGGAAGUCUGUGAGCCAGCUGUGUCCCAUCCUCAGGCCACACCCACCUCUCUCCAGCAAACACCCCCUUGUUUUACCCCUCCAGCUACCACCAACUUUCCUGCACCUCCUACCCGGGCCAGGUUGUCCAGGCCAGACAGUGGCAUACUGGGUGAGGACUCCACCAGUCUGGUGCUGGAGGAUUUUGAGGAGGUGUCAGGAUCAGAAUCGUUUAUGGAUUAUAGGAGUGAUGGGGAGUACAUGAGGUGAAGGGAGAACUAACAUGGGCACAGCCACCGGCUCAGGAUCCUAUCUUCUAGAAUUCCUCUCCAGAGCUACUCUCAAGUUAUAUCCAGGGGACAGGCCCCUUUGGCUCCAACCCACACGCCUGAACUUUAAGGAUCAUUGGACUAUCUUCUCUGUGGCCAGCGCAGCUCUCUUCUGUGUUCACAGAAUGGCCACUGAUAGGCACGCCUCUUUUCCCACCCACUGGAAGGCUCACAGGCAAGGUGAGAGAGGACACAGAAGGUGCCAACACUGUCGCUACAGUAAGGACCUGAAGUGACUUUGAGAAAUUCACCCUCACAAGCCUUCCUUCAGGAGCAGGCAUUGGUAGUGCAGAGGCAGAGAUUCCGUCCUUUACCAGCUGCAGAAUCUUGGGCAAGUUACAUAGCCUCUGUGAGCCUCAUCGGUAAACAGUGGGGGUUAUGAAACCCACCUCACAGGGUUGUUGUGAGGAUCCAAUGAGUUGAUUUAGGUAAGCACCUAGCACAUGCCGUGGCACCAAGUAAGCACUCAAUAAAUCACUCAACUCCUUUCCCUAUGUUGUUUCUUUGCAUUGUCUGAAAGGAUCAAUGGAGUCAAAGAUCCAGCUUUUCACUGGUGGUUAUUUUUUAUUUUUCAAUUAAGAUUCAAAUUUAUGGAAGUGGAAAUUUAAAAACCUCGUUUUCUCUUAGGCUGUGACAUUCAACUUACAAAUCUCUUUUUCUGUUGAUGAACCUAGUAUUAAACAAUAGUUUUUAGAGGGACUUUUACAAACUUAAUUAGAUUUUCUUAAACAUCUUAAAGUAGAUUUAUAAAUGUAAUAUAUUCUAUUUUCCUUUUUCUUUAAAUACUUCAACAUAUAUUUCAGUUAUCUAUUGCUGUGUAAUAUCAAUCCCUAAAAUAGUGACUUAAAAUUGUCCUAAUAAUAUGUGGUGCUCAUGAGUGCGGGACCUGACUGGGCUCAGCUAGGCGGUUCUCACUCAGGGUUUCUCAUGUUGUUUCAGUCAGAUAGUGGCUCAGUCUAGAAUCAUCUGUAAGGCUUCUUUACUCACCUGUCUGGGAAGACUCAAACAGAUGAGGGCUGAAACAGCUGGGAAUCCUUGGGCAUCUCUCCCUCUCAAUAGUUUUUUCAUUUUUGUUGUUGUGUGCUCUUUGUAUGACUAUACCACAAUUUAUUUAUCCAAUCUACAAUUGAUGGGCAUUUGGAUAGUUUCCACCUUGGGGCAAUUACAAAUAGUGCUGCUAUGAACACUCUUGUACCUGUCUUUUGGUAUACAUAUGUAUACUUUUCUUGGAUAUAUACCUAGGAAUGGAAUUACUCAGGCAUUGGGUAUGUAAAUACUACCAAUUUUUCUAAGUGAUUGUACCAGUUUACAUUUCCACAAGCACUGUAUGAGAGUUCCAGAUGCUUCUCAUCCUCAGCAAUAGUUGGCAUUAUCUUUUUUUUUUUUAAUUUUAGUUAUUUGGGCAUGUUUAGCAGCAUUUUUAUUUUCCUGAUGGGUUGAGUAGCUUUUCUUUCUUUUCUUCUUCUUCAGUUUUUUUUUUUUUUU